AUGUGGAACGGAAACCAAACAGAGCCCUUUGGGUUCAUUCUUCUGGAUCUCUCUCCACGCCCAGAGCAUCAGCAUCUGCUUGCCUUGCUCUUCCUUGCCAUGUACCUGCUCAUCCUUUUGGGGAACCUGUUGAUUAUCUUGCUGAUUCGCUCAGAUCCUCACCUCCUCCGGACCCCGAUGUAUUUCUUCCUCAGCCACCUCUCUCUAGCUGACGUCGGUUUUGCCUCUGUGACCAUCCCAAAGAUGCUGCAGAACCUUCUGUUCCAGGUGAACACCAUCUCUUACGGUGGGUGCUUGGUGCAAAUGUAUUCGUACAUGGCUUUUGGCAACACAGACAGCUUUCUCUUGGCUUCUAUGGCCUAUGAUCGUUACUUGGCUAUCUGCUACCCUCUCUACUAUACCACCCUGAUGAGCCACAACCGAUGCCUCUUACUGGUGACUGCUUGUUGGAUCCUAGCAUCCCUCCACUCAUUGCUGUACACGUUGAUGAUGUCUCGUCUUUCCUUCUGCUCAUCUCGGGAGAUCCCCCAGUUCUUCUGCGAGAUCUACCCUUUGCUUGGACUUUCAUGCUCAGACACAAGUCUUGUCGAGACCACGGCUCUGGUGGAAGGCUUUUUGGAUGUGCUGGGCCCAUUCUUCCUCAUCGUCAUUUCCUACGUGCGCAUUUUUUAUACCAUUCUAAAUGUCCCAUCCAAACGUGGGAAGCGCAAGGCCUUCUCCACGUGUGGUUCUCACCUGAGUGUAGUAGUCCUGUUCUACGGCACCCUUUGUUGGGUCUACUUGCAACCUUCUUCCAGGAACUCAGACAAGAACAUUGUUCCUUCCCUCAUGUACACAGCGGUGACGCCAAUGCUGAACCCGUUCAUUUACACCCUCAGGAACAAUGAAAUGAAGGCUGCCUUGAAGAGACUGGCUGGCAGGAUUAGAACUUUUUAA